AAUCACACACGUCAGUCACCAACAGCAACGUAUAAAUAAAUACAGUAUUAUACAAAGCCGCCACCACUUUCCUCUUUCACUUUCACUAUAAAUAAAAACACUUCAACUUCAUAUUCAUAAUCAACUCAAUUGUAGUAGUAUCACUUACUUAAUCAUCAAGUAAAAAUGGCUGGUGUUAUUGAAUCUGAUCCUAUUCCACUUCUCACUCCCUACCAGUUGGGAAAAUUCAAACUAGCUCAUAGAGUUGUUUUGGCACCUUUGACAAGAAAUAGAUCCUACGGCAACGUUCCUCAACCACAUGCUAUCCUCUAUUACUCUCAGAGAGCUGCUGGUUCUAACGGUGGUCUUCUCAUAACCGAAGCUACUGGUGUCUCUGAUACCGCACAAGGAUAUCCAGACACGCCGGGUAUAUGGACUAAAGAGCACGUCGAGGCAUGGAAACCCAUUGUGGAUGCUGUUCAUGCUAAAGGUGCUACUUUCUUCUGUCAGAUUUGGCAUGUUGGAAGAGUUUCUGAUCCUAGUUUUCAGCCGAAUGGGCAAGCACCGAUAUCUUCAACAGACAAGCCACUCACACCAAGCAAUGAUGGAGAAAAAAUCACGCCACCAAGACGACUAAGGACAGAUGAAAUUCCUCAACUUGUCAAUGACUUCAGACUUGCCGCAAGAAAUGCUAUUGAAGCUGGAUUUGAUGGGGUUGAAAUCCAUGGAGCUAAUGGCUACAUACUUGACCAAUUCAUGAAAGAUCAAGUGAAUGAUAGAACAGAUGAAUACGGUGGAUCCCUUGAGAACCGUUGUCGGUUUGUUUUGGAAAUUGUUGAAGCUGUUGCAAAUGAAAUAGGAGCAGAAAGAGUUGGACUUAGAUUAUCACCUUUUGCAGACUAUGCAGAAUGUGUAGACUCCAAUCCCAAAGAAUUGGGACUUUAUAUGGCUAAUGUCCUCAAUAAAUAUGGUAUUCUGUACUUGCACAUGGUGGAACCAAGAAUAACUCAUCAUGAAAAAGAUGAAUGUCCUCACAGCCUUGUGCCAAUGAGAAAUGCAUUCAAUGGAACAUUCCUGGCUGCAGGAGGUUACAACCGACAUGAUGGGAUCAAUGCCAUAGCUGAAAAUAGGACAGACCUCGUUGUUUACGGUCGUUUGUUCUUAGCUAAUCCAGAUUUGCCAAAGAGAUUUGCACUUGAUGCUCCUCUAAACAAGUAUAACAGGGCGACGUUCUACACUUCUGAUCCGGUUAUUGGUUAUACUGACUACCCUUUUCUCGAAUAAUGCAACCAAUGCCGUAACAUCCAAGGGUGGAGCCUCCUCACUAUAUAAUAAAUUAUUUAUCCCUUGCAAAUUGUUUCCUGCUAUUGUGUUGCAAGAAGUGUUUGACAAAAGCUAUGUACCUGAUUUUACAAAAAUACUAUUGUGCUAAUAAGUUGAUUACUUCCGUUA